UACAAGUUGAAAAUCCGCUUUAAGGUUUCAGGAAGAGUUUCGCGUACUGGGAUUUCUAACUGAAUAAGCCGCUAAAAAUCCCAAGAUUUUAGGUCUUGCAAUCAUGUUGUUUGAAAUAUGUGCUGCACGGUAAUUUGCAUUCAAAAUAAUGUCUUGGUAUUCAAAACCGGAUGAAUGACGGAUUAAGAUUUUCCUGCCACGAGAGGGGAAGUAGUUGCAAUGCAUUUGUUAUCAACAUUCAUUCGUAUGAGACCUAAAGCGAAUUCACUGGCGAGUAGUUUUUAUUUAGGUAUACAUAUAGAGGACUGAAGGAAAGAAGAACCUGAAGAAUCCAAUUAAUUUCUCAAUUAUCUAAGCAUGUGUCUGGAUAAAUGUGUUGUUGUCGCUGCCUUGUUUAUCGUCGCUUCACUCCACAUCACUGUCGAUUUCACCAGUGCUAGAGUUUCGCGUAAAGAAAACAACAAUGACGAUGUCUGUGUAAAACACAAAAGAUUUAACAACGCGAAAAAAGAUACGAUAAACUCGAAGAAUGAAGUAUUGCGAUAUUUUAAUAUCUACUGCUCCAAACAAGCAUUUUUUGAAGUUCGAUACACAAAUGGAUCACUAUGUGCAUGUGGGCAAGUCAGUUCUAGAAGUCUUAGAAGGUUCUACUGCGAGAAAAAAUUGCCUUCGAAUUUUACCGUCUACAUAUCUGUCAAAGAACGUCUUGUUGAAAGUAGAAUCUGCCGUUUUUCUUUUCUCUUAAAUCAUCCUGGUCACAAAGAAGAGCUAAAAAUAGUUCCAAAAAACAGUUUCUAUGAACCAAGUUCUUUGUCUGGAAUGCCUGCUCGUUCCUCCGCUAUGCAUUUGGAUGUAUCAAAAAGUAUUCUUACUACGUCUGUAUUUGGUCAGUUGCGUAGUGGAUCAUCAGAUAUAAGUAAACAAUUCGUAACUGGGAAAUCGUUGGCGAUUUCAAGGCAAAUAAGCUCCACCGUGGCGAAACAAAAAUUCUCGCAAAGUUUGGUCGCGUCCAACACUGGAAUAGUAUUUACUUCUACUACUCCAAAGGAAAAUAGCCCCAUUCAAAGCAUGUCGUCUAGCUUUUUGAUAGAAGCUACGCCAAGUUCUACCAGGGCAAAACAAAAAUUCUCGCAAAGUUUGAUCUCAUCCAACACCGGAAUAGUGCUUACUUCUACUCUUUCAAUGGUAGAUUCCCCAAUUCAAAGCACUUCGUCUAGCUUUUUGAUACAAGCUACGCCGACUACAUCAUCUAGCCCACUUUCCACUAUUAUAUUGCCUUCUGAUGAGGAAGAAAAGAAAAAACUGAAAGAAGAUAUCAAGUUCGUCAACAACUUUAACGCGUCCAAUGUAAAUAUCAAUGACAAAAAGACAAUUGAGCGAGUGUUGGAUGCUGCUGCGAAUUUGAUAAACACAAACCUAACAGCUGAAGAUCAAAACGAGGACCCAGGAAUGCAAGCAGUUGAAGUGUUGGAAGAUCUUGGAAAUUCUAUUUCUCAACAACUUGCUCUGCCCGAAAAUGAGAGUUCUGUGAUUUUUCAGGAAGUGACAGACGAUCUUGUGUUCGGUGUGGCUGUAGUAAAUGCAACGACAACGCCAGGAUUUUCAUUUCCUUCCGAUGAAAGUAGAACAACCGGAGAUGAAAAGAUCAAUAUCCCAAGCUCUGUUUUCGUUUCUGAUUCAGGCAAGGCGUAUUUUGUUGGCAUUAUCUUCAAGGCGUAUCGUGAAAUGAGAAACAAAACGGGGAAUUUCAAGAUGGGAACUAAAGUUAUUAAUGCAGUUGUUUCGCCUCCCCCACGCAAAACACUCGCCGACCCUGUUGAAAUGACAUUUAAGAAAAAUAUUAUUGGUGAAACGAUUGCUUCCGAAUGUUCAUUUUGGAUAGAAAACGCCACGCAUUUAGGCGAACAUGGUAGAUGGUCGACGAAACAAUGUGAAAAAACAUUUGAAAAUCGCAGUCAUAUUCAAUGUCAAUGCUAUCAUUUCACUAACUUUGCUGUCUUAUUCAAAGUCUCGGAUAAUCAGGAUGUGUCAGAUGAGGACUCGUUCCGUCUGGUUAUCAUAACUUAUGUUGGGUUGAGUCUAUCUAUUUUGGGAUGUUUUCUGACUUUCGUCAUUUAUGUCACUUUAUCAAACAUCAAAACAGACAGAGCAGUAAUCCACACAAAUUUGGUACUGGCACUUGGAAUUGCUGACGUGAUAUUUUUGGUUACCGUGGUUGUCAAACCUGUUGGGGAUUCAUGUUUAGCUCUGGCGAUGUUGGCCUUUUUCUUUUAUCUUGCUGUGUUUUUCUGGAUGUUGGAUGAAGGUGUUUAUAUUUAUUUCAUGGUUAUAAAGGUUUUUCGUGGUAAUGAUGCUAUGAGACGGCGGAUGGCUUACCUUGUGGGAUGGGGAUGUCCAGCGAUUAUCGCAAUUAUCACCUGGGUUGUUUUAAGAGAUGAUGUCGUGUCAAAAUACCAUUGCUGGUUAUCGGUUGAAUCCGGAGCAAUAUGGGCAUUUGUGGGUCCUGGAUUGUUGAUUAUUUUGGUAAAUUUUAUUAUUCUGAUGGUUGUCAUGAGAACAACAUGGGCAAUGUUUGUUGGCGACAAAGAAUAUAGUGGCUUGAAGUCGGCAACGAAGACAUUUGGCGCAGUCGUUCCUAUUUUAGGGAUAACCUGGGUUUUUGGUGUCAUGGCAUUCAAUGAAUCUUCUAUUGUAUUUCAGUAUAUAUUCGCUAUCACCAAUUCCAUACAGGGCGCUUUAAUAUUUAUUCUUUACUGCUUGGUUAACAGCGAGGUGCGAAGCGAGCUUCGACGAAAGCUAACGAUAUGGCAGACUCGUCGUGAGUUCUCUUCAUCAUCGGGAGGCAGUCGCCGUACGUAUCCAUAUUCGGUCUCUUCGAACACGACUUUAAAUCGUGCUACGAUUGCCGUACAGGCCACCCCAGACUUUUACCGGUGUCCGAUGGUGGAAAUUAAAGACGAAAAAUCACAGGGGAAAGUAGAACGCAGGUACUCGUUUGAAGAUGGUAGUACGACAUCAGAGAAGGAAUUGGUAUUAGGUAAGCAGGAAAAGAAUGGCGGCGAGGAAGGUUGAAAGCAUUCCAGUGGUGGUGGGAAAGGAAUCUUGCAUGGGAACGAAUAGUAGUUUUUAAAUUUAAUGGCAAGAGUAUACGGAGAUGUAGGAAUAUUACGAAAUAACCGAUAAGUGACAAUAAUGAAACAGAAACCUUACCGGUCAAAGAACUGGGGAAAGGCAGAGCAUGCUAUGUGCCUGACAGCCUGAGGUGCAACCAGCACUAUAGCGCACUAAUUUGCGUGACACAAGAAAACCGUGGUAAAAAUAACCACUUGUAAUGCAAAUUAGUGCACUAAGCGCUGGAUCCACACAUGCUACGUGCAUGCAUGUCUGGAAAGAUGUUUAUCGGUCCGUACGUAGUUGUGAAUUCAGGAGCGAUUGUCGCAAAGUUAACCGGGUAGCGCUCCAUUUCAAUUGUAAAGACAGGUUCUAAAAUUUCGGAUUAUUGGCGUAUUUGUUCAAACGUGAGUAGAAAAUAUAUGUCCAAAUCGCUGAAUCGCCGUCAUCGUCAGGUCGGUUGUUUCCAUACCAAAACAAAUUUAGCUGCAGGGCCUAUUUCUAGGACAUGUCAUUGGAUAAUGCUUUUCUAUGAUUUCAAAAAAACGAAGCUAUGUUAUUGGUUGAAACAGAAAUGUAUUGUAAAGUUCAGCCAAUGAAAAUCAUUCUUCCGAGGAGCUGCGACACUACCCCUAUUUUUUGUGGUGGGGAGAAUAAUCUGGUGAAUAUUUUCGUCUCAAUCAUAAACAAGUUCAAAGCAUACUUGCGCAUACGUAAGACUCGUCGUAUACGUCGUAUACGUAAGAAAUCUACGUAUACAUGACAUAUUGGGGGCAAACUUUUAUUUCUAUUUUAUUUAUUCUAUACUUUAUAUUUUUAUUUUUGUCAACAACAUGACCCCGGCACGGUGCGAUGAAGAAUUAACUUUUGAUAACUGUGUCGACAACAAUUGAAGGAGGAAUUUUGUAUCAGCUAAAUCAUUCUAUUAUCAGCUUUCAAAUGUUGAAAGAAUAACGGAAAAUCGUUUAGAAUAUAUUACGAUUACGUCUUUGCAAUACUCCUCAUACUGCACUUUAAGCCCC